ACUCGACUCGAUUGUUAUGACCAAAAAAUUGUGCAACAAAAAAUUUCUUUAAUUUCUAUUUUGCCGUAAAUUAUCGAAAUCAUCAUGUUGCGAACGGCAUCAAAGACAAUUCCCGUGUCAAUGGCCUUUUUGGGCUUCGACUUUAACAUCGAUGACAAAGACCUCAUCAUACCCGACAAGACAGAAUUGGCGAAAUUUCAAGAACUCCGGGCACAACAAUCGCCGAUGGAACGUUUGAGGGCAAUUUAUUCCAUCAGUGAAUUUGGCGAAUUAUCUCCCGAACUGAAUUCCAUCCGCCAGGCAUGUCUCUUUGGAGGUUUUGUCGGUAUCAUGUACGGAGGCUUCGUUGAUUCGCGCAUUUCUUACAUGAAUUUCAUGGAGCGGAAUCAAGCGACGGCUUUCGAUAAUCAUUUCGAAGCGAAAAAGAUGCUUCAGAACAACGUGACGACCGGAUUUGUGCGCGGCGCGAUGAAAUGGGGAUGGAGAGUUGCACUUUUCACGACUUCGUAUACGGCAAUUUCAACGACAAUCGCUUCAUAUCGCGGCAAAUCCUCAGUUUGGGAAUAUCUCGCAGCCGGCGGAUUGACAGGCGCCAUCUACAAAGUCAACAUGGGACUCAAGGGAAUGACAGCGGGAGGCGCUGCGGGUCUCGCUAUGGGAGGAAUUGCCGGUUUAUUGACGCUUGGAUUGCUCAAACUCAGCGGACAUACCGUCGAAGACGUGCAAUAUUGGCAACACCGGAUGCAAUUGAGUCGUUUGAAGAUCACGAGAGAAGCUGCAGCUGUUGAUAUGAAUUAUCAACCGACGCCGCUCGAGAUGAAUCACACUUUACGCGUCGGCGAAGACAAAUUGUCGCUCGAUGUGCUCGACGAGCUCGACAAACAACUCCAAAAAGCCGAAGAAAAAUCGACAAAAAGUGAUACGAAAUAGGCUUUUAGAGUAAAUUGUGAUUGCUCGUUUAUUAAAUAUUUUAUUUUUUUUUUUAGUAGAAAUACAAAUCUAACUUGUAAUAUAUUAUAAAUACCUGAAUCUGCAAAAAUACGUCAAAAAAGAAUUCAAUUUUUUAUAAAGAAACCG